AAAGAAAGUGGAGGGAUGUGCCACACUGCCGAACCCAGCCGUGCAACACCACCUAGCCGUGGCGAGUUGGUGCAAUGGAUGAUUGUGAUCCAAACACAGUGUUACAUGUCUCAGUAAUGAAGGAUAGUAACAAGGAUGAAAAACCCAACAAAGAUCCUUGCCCUAUCUGUCUCUCUCUCAUUUCUCAACACUCUUCCUCCUGUUUAGAUCGCUGCUUCCAUGAAUUUUGUUACAAGUGCAUUCUUCGCUGGAUUCAAGUGGUUUCUAGUAGGUCGACUUCUUUGCCCCAGCCAUCUUCCAUCAAGUGCCCUUUAUGCAAGACAGAAAACUUUUCAAUCAUUUUCGGAUAUGAUGGAAGUACUUUCCAAAAGCAUUUUAUCAAUCAAAACAAUAGCAAUAGCAACUUCUUUUCAAAGGAUCACAAGUAUAGACUACAGUGCUACUACACUUUUCCCGAACCACGUCUUUUAAGUGAUGCAUUUAAAGUGGAGCGCUUUUGGAAGUUGAAUAAGUAUCUUCAGCCCAACAACUGGCUUGAGAAGUGGUUGAGAAGGGAGCUACAGGCUCUGAUACAGGAGGAAGAUGUUGAAAUUAUAAUGCAUCACAUACUCGGGGUGAUCGACACAUUUACAAGAAGUUCUUAUUCCAAACAAACAACGCACUCAGCACAGCAAAAGCAACAAGAGUUCAAGGUUAUAGUCGCUGAUGCCGCACUGCCUUUCCUUACAGCUCGAACAAAGCGGUUUGUAGAUGAAAUGGAAUUAUUUCUCGCCUCAGGCUUGGCUGUCGAGUAUUAUGAUAGAGCUUAUAGAAGGUGUUUAGGUUGGAAGCAGCAUGGGGAAACUUCAGAGGACGGAGAACAAACUAGCAGGGAACAGGAGCCAAUUGCUUCACAUCUUUACAUUUUGGAUGAAGACUUGGAUGAUAUUGAUUGGGCUGAAGGAUAAAAAUACAUAGCUUUUAGUAAUUCAUUCAUCUCAAACUGUUCUCUUGCCAUUCUGCAAUGUAGAAAAACUCAAAAGCAUGUUUUCACCUUCUGUACACUUUCCUUUUCUAAGGAUCUUUCUCGAGCUGAGGGACUUUUUAGCCGCAUCCUUCUCUAUGGGUAUGGGUUGCCAUCCUCCUUCCCUCCUCUGACCCUGAUCAUAGUUUUCUAUGAGCGGGGUAUACUGGGUACGAUUAUGAUUAUGUACACUUUCCUUUUUUGUUUAGUUCAUUAGUAAAAAAUGAUGAUCGAUGGGGAACCUUCACUCAUGAAUCAUGAUCAUAUAGUAGUGAAUUAGUGAUUUGUACUAAGAUGUUUGUAUCAACUAUCAAGUGAUGCUGUUUAUAAGCUCUCGUUGUUGGAGCCUUUGUUGGCAUGGACACUUAUC